UUCCAGCCGAGAUGAGAACAGAAAGAAGGGCCCUCGGCAGGGCCUUGUGGAUGGGAUCCAAGCUCUUGCGCCGGCAUUUGUUGCCCGUGGAAAGAAGCCUGAGCCCAAGGCGGACCCUGCGGAGUGGAUGAAGCAGGCCAUAACGAUCUUUGAGGAAAAUUAUCAACAGAAUGUUGGCCUUUCUACCGCGAACGAGCUCUUCUCUCAAUGGCUCGACGAGAGGAAGGCCAUGUAGUUCGUUAAGAUGCGGCUAAAAUCAAGGAUUCAGGUUAUCCAGUUUACCAGCAAGAAGGCUGGGGACGACGAUAACUGGGCUUCCUAUCAUUUGGACCCUUAUGAACUUGAUGUUGAGAAAGAAACCCGGGAAAUCGAAGAGCAAGUAGUGCGCGGAGAGUAUGAAGAGAUGUUGGAAGCGGAUCGGCAGGCUGACGUGGAGGCUCUGGCAGGCGAGGAAGCCUAUGAGGGUCGUCAUGCUCGUGAGAAGGCGCAUGUCGAACCCCGAAGCCGAAGCACUCGCGAGGGAAGUCUGCUGAUGCGUUUUCGGUCGGCCACGCAAGGUCGGGAGCAUGUGCGCGGUAUGCAGUCUCGGGACUUCGUGCCGGCCAUGCAGCUGGCAUACCGCGGGCGCCGCCGACGGCCUGCCUCAGCACUAGAGAUGUACUGGGAAAGCGAGGGCGAAGGAGCCGUGAUUAUUUCACCCCUGUGACGACGGACUCGGAGGAUUAUUUCGAGAGGAUGGCAACGUAACAUUGUGUGUUUUCUUUGUCUCUCGCGCCUAGAUUGCGUUGCGAAUUUGUGGAUUCGAAGAAGGUUGACAG